CUGUUGGGCUGUCUGGAGGCCCACAAGGCUCCCUCCAUCAAAAGCCCUAAAAAGUGGCCCCAGCCGCCUCAACCUCAGCACGCCUGCCAGGGCGACAGCCCACUGGUCACCCGCUACAGGAGGACCUGGUUCUUGAGUGGGGUGGAGAGCCUGGAGAAAGGCUGGGCCCAGGAGAACAGCUACGGGGUCUACGCCCAGAUCAGCAGCUUCCUAGGCUGGCUGGAUGGAGGGCCACACCCCCUCUUCAUCUAUAAACCUAAAAAAAUUAUUUUCCUUAAUCUAAAGAUCUAA